AUGGCAGCCGCGUCGAUGGUGACGCCGUUGGCCAAGUACAAGCUAGUCUUCCUGGGGGACCAGAGCGUCGGGAAGACCAGUAUCAUCACCCGCUUCAUGUAUGACAAAUUCGAUACCACCUACCAGGCCACGAUAGGCAUCGAUUUCCUGUCGAAGACAAUGUACUUGGAAGAUCGAACAGUCAGGCUGCAGCUCUGGGACACUGCAGGUCAGGAAAGGUUCCGCAGCCUCAUACCCAGCUACAUCCGAGACUCGUCGGUGGCCGUGGUGGUUUAUGACGUCACAAACCGCCAGUCCUUUGUGAAUAUCCAGCGAUGGGUGGAGGAGGUUCGAGGGGAGAGGGGCAGCGACGUCAUCAUCGUGGCGGUUGGCAAUAAGACGGAUCUGGUCGAGAAGCGGCAAGUAUCCAUCGAGGAGGGCGACACCAGGGCUAAGGAGCUGGGCAUCCUGUUCAUCGAGACCAGCGCCAAAGCUGGCUUCAACAUCAAGGCCCUCUUCCGCAAGAUCGCCGCUGCCCUGCCGGGGAUGGAGAGCUUGGGCGGUUCCAAGCAGGAGGACCUGGUGGACAUCAACCUUGCACCCUCCUCCGCCGCCAAGGCGGGAGGUGCAGGCGCCGCCUCUGGCUGCGCCUGCUGA